GGUGGGGCGGGCGGGCAGGCAGGCAGCGAUGGCCGAUGAGGAGGAGGACGCGCCGUUCGAAGAAGACGCCGAGGAGGCGGGAGGAGGCCUGGACGGCGGACAAGGCCGGAGGAAGAGGCUGUUCUCCAAGGAACUAAGAUGCAUGAUGUAUGGAUUUGGGGAUGACCAGAACCCUUACACAGAAUCAGUGGAUAUUCUGGAAGAUCUGGUAAUAGAGUUCAUCACAGAAAUGACACACAAGGCAAUGUCAAUCGGGCGGCAGGGUCGCGUACAGGUUGAGGACAUUGUCUUUCUAAUCCGCAAGGACCCCCGGAAGUUUGCCAGAGUUAAGGACCUUCUGACUAUGAAUGAAGAACUGAAACGAGCCAGAAAGGCUUUUGAUGAAGCAAAUUAUGGAUCCUGAUUCUCUGCACAGGCUGUACAGCUUGGGCACCUCCUGCCCAAAAGCGAGGAAUUAACGUGUAUUGUUGGAAGGGGGGCGGUUUCUGGGUGGGGAUCAGCGCUGGGAUAUCUGCCUUGACUCUCAGCCUUUACUCAGAAGCAUUCAAGUCUCUGAACAUUAUCUGAUUGUAUGUGGUAUAUUUAGGUAUUUUUGUAUCUUUUUUUUUGACAUUCAAGAAGUGCAAACAUGAGUUUUAAAGGUUCUUGUAAUGGUGAGAAGUCUGUUUGAAGUAGGACUGUGUUCUAUCAGGUAUCUGGAUGGCUAAAGAGAACUGAUUCUUUACAACUACUUCAGUCAUUAUUAGAUACUUCCUUGAAAGGAGAUCUAGAUCUUGGGUGACUGGACAAACUGUGCCUUCAAGCACAAACCACUAGAACUUCUGCUCUCUUCCCUGUCCCUGCUCCAUAUAUGCUCUUUGAAGAAAACAUCUUAAGCUCAUACCCAAUCCUUAUAACUAAAAUUACACUGAUGAAUUCACACAAGUUACAUCAGACAGAUUUCUUAGCACUAAUGAUCAAGGAUUCUCAGUCUGGUAGGAUUUUUUUUUUUUUUUUUAAUUCUGCCUCACUGGACACAGCGCUCUUGUUCUCAGUUCUCCCUAGGAAAGGAGAGUUCACCUAUCUGAGCUUUACUUGCCCUUAGAUACUUCCCUCUUCCUGCCCUUGUUAGGCAGAUGCACCACAGUAAAGUUGAUUCCUGAGAAAGUUUUUUCCAUAGCCUUUCUUGGUGAUUCAGAUCUUGACCCUUAGUUACAAGCAGGAGCCAGACAGAAAAUACCAACUGCAUUGCUUCUUCUAACAGAUACUGUUCCCCCAGUGGAUGUUAGAGUAGCUCCUCCUUACUUUGCCAAGCAGGUAGCAGCUGCCAUUGCAUUAAAAAGAUCACAAGACAGUGGGAGACAUGCUUGCAGGUAAGGAGUUGACUAUUGCAGUCAGCUUUUCACCAUUUCUGGAGCAGUUCAAAGGCAUAUAGUAGAUUCAAAUAGCCUUCCCCUUUCUCCCCCAAUUUGAGAAUAAGGAUAACAAACGCUGCACAGUGAUAACACUGCAAGUCAAGGCUCUGCCCAGUUUAAACAGAAGGAAGACUUCCUUGGAAAAUAAGCAGCAAGUCUUUAUGCUAAACAGCAGUAGGUGAUCAGCUGCAGCCUUCUGCCCUGGAUGGUUAUUGCUUGCACUGCAGCUUUGACAGCAGCAUUUAAUAGGUGGUACAACAGUAGAGAAAGGGCACUGAGUUUGAGGUAACUCAAAGCUGCUAUCUGGACAAGGCUAGCUCAAAAGAUGACAGUAAUCUUCUGUUUGGACACUCUUCCAUAACAAAUGGAUUCUCAAAAAAAUCUUGGCUUAAUAUAAUUAGUACUUUCUUAGCAGUGCAACCCUACUUGAGUAGAAUUCAGGGUGUGAGUAACCAAGCCACUGUCAGGGUUCUGAGGAUUUUAAUUAGAAAAAAAAGGUAAACAAGAUCAGAAUGACUUAACGCCUUUCCUGGUCCCAGCCCAGGAUCAGACACCCAUAGCUGCAAAAAUAGAAUCAAUAUCCAUGUUCUCAGUAGCUUCUUUGAGCAUAGAGCCAGGGUUUUCUUCCAGCAGCAGCCUCAUAGGGAUCCCUGUUUUGCUUAGUUCUCCAGUGGCUGUAUCAGCAUUGGCACAUCCUUCAUGACCCAAAGACCCAGCUUGGUAAACUGGAAGGAAGAGUGAAGCACCUCUCUCACACACUCCAGAAAGCUCAGAAGGUUUUUGCUGAACAGUCUUCAGAGUUUUCUUUGAUUGCUUAGACCAUUUGAUCUUUCUUUGACAGAACCGUGCCCCGAGGUACUGCUUUGGCCGGUGUGCAUUUUGUGAGCCAGAGAGGAGGUAUUUGCAGACAGACGUUUUGACACAGCAAAGUUUUUUCUGCAGGCUUAAGGGGAGAAAGGUGCACAAAAUGUUACUUUAGAAGCUGUUAAAAAUAGGUUAUUUGGGGUUUUGAGAGAUUUGGUGUUAGCCUUCUCUAGCAUUUUCCUUAUCACACCUUGGGAGAUACAGUAUCUUGUAUGGUAGUAGCCAGGGCAUUCACUCCUUACACUAUAUAAUAGCUACCCAUUAGACAUGCACACAGUUUAAGUUGCAUUUUCAUCCUGACUCUUAAUUAUGUAUUCAUGCAUUUGUUAACCUUUUAAUGAUGCUAAACAAUACAUUCAUAUCGGAGUGCCUAAUGACCAGAACUGUUGACCCUGUUUAAAAUUAAAAAAUGUGUUACACCACUGCAUUUCCCUA